AUGGAUCCACAUAUAUUACCAGAAUCCACCAAUACCUCUGUUAUAACAACCCAAAAGGAGCACGUGUAUGUUCCUCUUCUGGAUCACGAAGUAGACGUCAGGGGUGUGGAUUUCAUCACAUUUUACGUCAAGACUUGUUCCGACGUCCAUGUUGGUAUAGCCUCGGAAGAAAGUAACUUUCAAUCUAAAAUGUAUGUUGUUAUGAUUGGAGGGUCGUUUAACUCCGUAUUUUCUAUAACGAAAUAUGAAAAGCAUAAUUCGACUCGACUUGCACAAAGAUAUGCUUCAUAUUUGAACUGUAAUGCCUACCUAAAAUUCAACAUAAGUUGGACUGGAGGAAUUAUGAAGGUGUUUGCUUCAGAUUCGCUAAUUAUGCAAGGUGAAAUUGGCAUGAACAAGUUCCCGAUUAAUUACCUUGGCAUUAGUACUUGGAAAUACCAAAUGGGCAACUGGAUAUUCGAAAUACCUGAAUCUUUGGCAGCAACAUCAAAAUUGUUAUCGUACUACUCGGUGACGUCACCUUACAGUUAUCUUCCGCUAGCAACAACCCCAGUGACGUCAACAGAAGAAACAGUACAAACCUUUUCUGAUUCAAUAUCAUCAUCUUACCAAAUUACAUCAUUUGAAUCAAUAUCUAAAUUUGAUACGGUGAUGCCAUCGGAGGGCACACGUGCGUCAUUUGACUAUGCAUCACCACCGUACUUCAUGACGUCAUCGGAAAACCUGCAAACGUCACUAUUUUCAUCUGUUACGAUGAUGCCAAUGGAAGGUCUACAUAAAUCAAUAUCAACAUUAGAAAUGGUGAUGUCAUCCGAAAACCUACAAGCGCCAUUUGACUCUACAUCAUCAGGGCACCAAAUGGCGUCAUCUAAAAAUCUACUAACGUCGUUCAACGCAAUAUCGUCAUUUAGUACGAUGACGUCAUGGGAAGGUGGAAUACAGACGUCAAGAAUUAGUAAGCAGAUGACGUAUUUACCUGAAGGGGGAAAUAGCUGUGUAUGUUUUUGUGACAACCUGACCAAAUCAGACAAUGUGAAUGAACGCAUAACAGAGAUACAAAAGGAAUUAUUUGUCAGUCGCCAGAAUCUAUCGGCAACCACCCGACGGUAUAUUAGUGUUUCAGACAAUAGACCCAGUGCAGUUUCCCUCGGUGUAACAGGUAUUGUUUGUCUAGUGUGUCCCUUAUUCCUUGUUGUCAUUAUGCCAGAUUUUCUCUCUUUUAUAAUAUAUAUGAACAAUAGGUUUGGUAUUCCGUCUCCUUAA